AUGUCCUUCUCACACUUCGGACACCCUUAUGGCGGCGCUUCCCAGUUUCUGGUGUCUGCAAGUUCUGGCACCACUUGCUGCGAAUCAGCUUCACAUUCAGUCUCAGAUGUGGCCUCAGGUUCCACCCCAGCAUCCACUCUUUGCUGCACACCCUAUGACAGUCGACUACUGGGCAGUGCACGGCCUGAGCUGGGAGCAGCCUUGGGAAUCUAUGGAGCCCCAUACACAGCUGCAGCAGCUGCCCAGAGCUACCCUGGCUAUCUACCCUAUGCCCCCGAGCCAACUGCACUGUAUGGGGCACUGAAUCCACAGUAUGAAUUUAAGGAAGCAACAGGGAGUUUGACACCAAGUCUGGCACAACCAGGAGCUUAUUAUCCCUAUGAGCCAACUCUGGGGCAGUACCAGUAUGAUAGGUAUGGUGGGGUGGAACUGAGCAGUGCAGGUCGCAGGAAGAACGCCACCCGGGAGACCACCAGCACGCUCAAGGCCUGGCUCAACGAGCACCGCAAGAACCCCUACCCCACCAAGGGCGAGAAGAUCAUGCUGGCCAUCAUCACCAAGAUGACCCUCACCCAGGUGUCCACCUGGUUCGCCAACGCGCGUCGGCGCCUCAAGAAGGAGAACAAGAUGACGUGGGCACCCAAGAACAAAGGCGGGGAGGACAGGAAGGUGGAAGGGAGAAUGGAGGAGUCCCUGGGCUGCUUAAAUGGUGACACCAAAGAUGUUCCUGCUAACCAGGAAGCCCAGGGACUCAGACUGAGUGACCUGGAAGACCUGGAGGAAGAGGAGGAAGAGGAGGAAGCUGAAGAAGAGGAGGUGGGGUCCACAGCUUCAGACAGGCUAGCGGAGUUCCAGAAGGGCAUGCAGUCGCUGCCCGCGCGGUGCACCGCAGCUCCAGAGGGCCGGUUGGAGAGCGGGGUGCGCAGCCUGGCGGCUUCCCGCUUCUCCUUGAAUGAGCCCCCGGGGUCGGGAGAAGCUGACUUCAUUGCGACAGAGCCCCGGGGGCCCACGAUGAUCUUACACUACCCCUGUCGAGAGAAGCCGCGUAUCUGGUCUUUGGCUCACACUGCGGCAGCCGGCUCAGUAGAAGGCGCUCCCUCAGCCCCGCCCAGGUCUCGCAGUCCUGAGUGCCACAUGAUUUCCGGACAGCCUCCAGGUUCGUCUACCCGACCUUUGGUCCCCAGAGACUCCGCUUGCGAAGAAGAGUCUUCCCGUGAAGCCAAAGUCUUUGAAAACUCCAUGUUCGCCCUGCAGGGGCUGCCGCUGAACUGUACACCGUGUCCCAGGCGGAGGGAGUCUUCAGUGCAGUGCCCGUACCCGUCUGGUGCAGAAGGUAGUGGACCCCCAAGAGCGGGAGUGCUGACGUUGAGAUCGGCGUCCAAAAGCUACCCACCCACCGCCAGCCCAGCGGAGACACACUCUUCCUCUGUACAAGCCCAGGUUCAAACCUGGUAG